AUGUCGUCCACCACAAAAACAGCAAGAAUCGGAGAAGAGCUUUGGAAAACGAGGGUUGACAAAGUCAAUGCGGAGCUGGUAACAUUGACGUACGGAACGAUCGUGGCACAACUCUGCCAUGACUACGAUGGCGACUAUACCGAAGUGAACAAACAGCUGGACAAGAUGGGUUACAAUAUUGGGUUGCGACUUAUCGAGGACUUUCUGGCCCGGUCGAGCGUAGGCCGAUGCGCCAACUUCCGGGAAACGGCUGAUAUGGUCGCGAAGGUCGGGUUCAAGAUGUUCCUUAAUAUCUCGCCGACGGUCACGAAUUGGACAAGCGACAACAACCAAUUCUCCCUCAUCUUCGAAGAAAACCCGCUAGCAGACUUUGUAGAACUACCCGAUGACGGACGCGCUCAAGAUGAACUGUGGUUCUCCAAUAUCCUGUGUGGUGUCCUCCGCGGCGCACUUGAGAUGGUCCAAAUGCAAAUUGACGCACAUUUCGUCAGCGAUGUCCUGCGCGGCGAUGAUACGACGGAGAUGCGGGUAUCGCUAGUGAGAUACAUUGAAGAUGAGAUGCCACCAGACGAGGAGUAA